UGCAAUUUAUGGAAGCGUCCGGUUUUAUUCCGCCUGUGAUCCCGUUAGUUUGCCUCGGAUAGAGGAGCGUGUUGGUCGGUGAAAAGUCGACCACUGUCACUUCUGAUUCAUGGGCUCAACACGGACUUCAGCUGAAAACAUCUCUGUCAAGAGGCUGACACAAGGUUGACUUCAUUCAUUGAAUAUCCAGAUUUAGGGGACAUGAAGUCGUCUUUGGACAGUAUGGGUUUCCUGAAGAUCGUGCUGUUCAUCUUAGAAGCUGUUUUACUGACUGACUGCGCAAGAGGACCUCCAAGGGUGUCGGAGAAGGUUUCGCACAGACAGAUGGCCCGGCUCGGGAGCGCCAUUAAGCUGCCGUGUCCAGUGGAGGGAGACCCUCCGCCCCUCAUAAGGUGGACCAAAGAUGGGCGCAACAUCCACAGCGGCUGGAUCCGUUUCCGUAUCCUCCGCAUGGGCCUGAAGAUCAAGGAGGUGGAGGCAGAUGACACGGGGACCUACAUCUGCCAAGCCACCAACGGCUUCGGUAGCGUGAACAUCAACUACACCCUCAUCGUCAUCGAUGACUCAAGUUCUCAUAAAGUUGGAGCCAGGGUGGCUGACAGAGCAGAGUCUGACCUGGGCACUGAUGGCUUGUUAGAAAAACUUGUGCGUCCACGAUUCACCCAGCCCUCUAAGAUGAAAAAUCGGGUGAUAGCUCGUCCCGUUGGCAGCUCAGUGCGGCUCAAAUGCACGGCCAGUGGAAAUCCUCGACCUGACAUUGUCUGGCUGAAGGACGACAGACCGCUCACGGAGCAGGAGGUCGGCGAGGGCCGUCAGAAGAAGUGGACUCUGAGUCUGAAGAACCUGACGCCAGAGCACAGCGGCAGUUACACCUGCAACGUCUCCAAUCGGGCCGGGGAAAUCAACGCCACAUAUAAAGUUGAGGUCAUACAGAGGACAAACUCCAAGCCUAUUUUGACUGGCACUCACCCGGUGAACACGACGGUGGACUACGGAGGCACCACGUCGUUUCAGUGCAAAGUGAGGAGUGACGUCAAGCCGGUCAUCCAGUGGCUCAAACGCGUGGAGUCCAACGAGGAAGGCCGCUACAACUCCACCAUCGAGGUGGGAGACCACCGUUUCGUGGUGCUGCCCAUGGGGGAGGUGUGGUCCCGACCCGACGGCUCCUACCUCAACAAGCUGCUCAUUACCCGCGCCAAGGAGGACGACGCCGGCAUGUACAUCUGCUUAGGCGCCAACACCAUGGGCUACAGCUUCCGCAGCGCCUUCCUCACUGUGCUGCCAGACACGAAGCCUCCCAUCAUGCCCAUGUUCUCUCCGACCUCCAGCUCCCUCCCCUGGCCCGUCAUCAUUGGCAUCCCCGCUGGAAUAGUGUUCAUCUUUGGCACGGUGCUGUUGUGGUUUUGCCAGAGCAGAAAGCACUGUCCCCCUCCCAGCGCUCCAGCUUCGGCUGCACAGGUACUGCAGAGCUCCCAUCGGCUGCCGUAUCGAGAGCGGGAGAGGGGAUGUGUGGCUCCGUCCUCCAGCUCCUCCAGCCCAGACAAAGACUGCAUGAGCUCCAUGAACUAUGAGGAGUACCUGGCACAGCAGCAGCUGCUCCUCAACCAGGGAAGACCGACAAUCCCCCCUAAAAUCUACCCCAAAAUCUACACUGACAUUCACACACACACUCACUCCCACGUGGACGGGAAAGUACAUCAGCAUCAACACAUUCAUUUUCAGUGUUAGCCCAGUGCCAAAUAUCCCCCACUAACUGCUCCAGUUUCUCAGAGGGACAAUGAGCUCUGGACUGAGUAGCAGCUCCUGAAUGACAUUCACCUGGCAUUACUCUUUAUAGACUCGUCUCAUUGCUGGAGAUUGUUUGGAGAGUGUGCAUGAAGAAAAACAGCAGUGGCCAGUGAUACACACAUUGUGUUUUUACAUCCAAACUUCCAUAUUUGGUGCUUAUUUUUUUACCUGUCAGAUUCUCACACCACUAAAAUCCAUUAAUCCUUGUUGUGCACUUAAUACAAAAAGGACAAAGACAUUUUUGCAUGUGAGUUUAAUUGCAGCUGUUCAGGCCAGCUGAAAGGACUUCCUCAGCAACUGAAUUUUGCAUUUUCCUACUUGAGGUGUAGCUGAAAAUGGAGGUGAGGUUUUACCUUUCACUUAUUCAGCUGUUGGAGCGCAGGGGCUCUGUACGUUCUGCCUGGUAAUGAAGACGAAAAUGGUUCUCAAGAUUUACAAAAGGGCUGGUUUUGUGCCCUACUCAGGUAGUCUUUUUGUUUGUUAAAGAUGCAUAAUGUUUGGAACGCUGACCACUAUCCGUUACCUUUCUCCAUCCCUCACUUUUGUUCUCUGGUAAAAGUGAUCGAGAGCAGACUGGUAGGUUUUUAUAGGUUCUUUAUGCCACGCAAACCUUGCCUAAGAAUGCAAGGGAUGGAAGAAUUGUGUUUUCAUAUUAGCUGAAUUGGUCGUCUUUAUCAUUUCAACUUCUUUAUGGUAGGUUCCCAUUAUCAGUCAGUAGCAUGUUAAGUUAAACCAGCAGAUGAUGCAACCUUAUACAACCCCAGAGUAUGAAGCUGUAGUCAUUUAUAAUCAAAUUGAGUCAUUGAUAUUUAAUUUAUUUUGCUAAGAAAUAUGUAUCAAAAGUUUAUUUUUCACAGU